AUGGCGGUUGCCAGAAGUCCUUACAGUGGAAACAUCCCCAGUGAGACAGCCGUAGUGGAGCAACUGCUGCAAAUCAGAAACAGAGAACGGCAGCAGAAGCUGAACAUCCGCCAGCCUCUUGUAAUCGAGCCCAUGGAUGGAGGCUGGAAGGCACUGCGGUGUGGACAUUAUAUUUCUGUGGAUACAUCUUACGAGGGUGAGAAAGCAGUACUUUCCAGUCCCGAACUACAUUCUGAAGAGUGGAGCUGUAUCAGACUGAUUUACCAAAUAGCAACAUCUUCAGGAUCUUCAACUGAUCCCACCAGGCUCAACCUGUAUCUGAGGCAAGAAGGAGAGAGCUUUGAUCGUUUGCUGUGGUCAGCCAAGGAGCCUUCAGAUAGCUGGCUCAUAGCUAGUUUAGAUUUAGCAAAUAGCACAAAAAAGUACAAGAUUGUUCUGGAAGGUGAGAUGGGAAAAGAUAAGUCUGCCAGCAUAGCAGUUUUUGAAAUUAAAAUAACUCCAGGAUAUUGUAUUGAAUGUGACUUUGAAGAAAAUCAUCUUUGUGGCUUCGUGAACCGCUGGAACCCCAAUGUAAACUGGUUUGUUGGUGGAGGAAACAUUCGCAAUUCUCAGUCUGUCCUUCCCAAAGACCACACACUUAACAGUGAAUUGGGUCACUACAUGUAUGUGGACUCUGUUUACGUCAAGCAUUUUCAGGAAGUGGCCCAGCUAAUCUCACCAAAGACAACGGCCCCAAUGUCUGGCUGCUUAUCUUUUUAUUAUCAACUUAAGCAGGAGAGUAGCAUUGUUUUUACUGUUUACUUGAGAGAUAUGAGUGGCUUUUAUGAAGAGAUCUGGAAAACAGACAGUGCAUUGAGUGCAGACUGGACUUUAGCAGAAGUUGACUUCAAUGCACCGUAUCCAAUGGAGGUGAUAUUUGAAGUUGCUUUCAACAGCGCAAAGGGAGGUUACGUUGCCCUUGAUGACAUUGCUUUCUCUCCAGUUUACUGCAGCAAUCAGACAGGAAUUUCUUUCAAUCCCGCUGAGGCAAGCUGCAAUUUUGAGGAAGAUCUGUGUAAUUUUCACCAGGAUCACAAGGAUGGCCCGGGAUGGAGCAGAGUGAAAGUAAAGCGCAACGUGUAUAGAGCAGGAGAUCACACUACAGGGUUUGGUUAUUACUUGCUGGCGAACACAAAGUUUACAUCGCAGCCUGGGUAUAUCGGACGGCUCUAUGGCCCCACUCUGCCAGGAAACUUGCAGUAUUGCCUGCGUUUUUAUUAUGCCUUAUACGGGUUUUUCAAAAUGAGUGGCACUCUUGCUGUUUAUAUCUUUGAGGAGAAUCAUGUGGUUCAGGAGAAAAUAUGGUCUGUCUUGGACUCUCCAAAGGGAGUUUGGACUCAAGCUGAAAUCUCAUUCAAAAAGCCUAUGCCUUGCAAGGUUGUCUUUGUGAGCUGGUGUAAAAGCUUCUGGGAUUGUGGACUUGUGGCACUGGAUGAUAUUUCAUUGAGCCUAGGAAGCUGCCAGGCUGCUGAUCUAUUGCCACCCAAUCCCGGGGAGUGUACUUUUGAAAAAGAUGAGUGCAUGUUCACCCAGAAGAAGCCAGGUCGUGGGAGCUGGCACAGGAGAAGGGGUCCAACUCCCACUUCUUACACUGGACCAAGAGGAGACCACACUACUGGGGUAGGCUACUACAUGUAUAUAGAGGCAUCCGACAUGGUUUAUGGACAGAGAGCAUACCUAACUUCAAGAACGCUAAGAGGGAUCUCUGGAAAACUGUGCUUGACAUUCUUCUAUCACAUGUAUGGAGCUGGGACAGGAUUAUUAAGUGUUUAUCUAAAAAAGGAAGGUGAUGAAGAGAUUCCUUUAUGGAGAAGAACAGGGGAACAAAGCAUCUCAUGGCUAAGGGGACUGAUAGAAUAUGAAAGUGAAAAAAACCACCAGAUUGUUUUUGAAGCAAUUCGUGGGGUGUCGAUAAGAAGUGACACAGCUAUUGAUGAUAUUCUGUUCCAGGCAGGACCCUGUUUAGAAGUGGAAGAAAUUCAGUUUUCAUCAGGUCAUCCUGACAGCUUAAAUGAGAUUGAGUAUUAAACACAUGCUGCUGAAAGAAGUGACGUGCACAGGUUUAUAUGUGAGAAACUGCACAAACUACCUAUUUUAAAGCAUGUUUUAAAGAAAUACUGGACUGGGUUGAAUAUUCACCGACAUAUAGGAAGAACUCAGAGCACUCAUGUUCCUUGCCUUUGCAAUGAAAUUAUUGACUCAGGGCUUCUUAGACUUUUUUUUUUUUUUUUUUAUUAUUUCUCCUUUGCAUGAGGUAUUGGUUAUUAGAUAAAGGCUUCCCAUUUUGCACAGAUCAUUAAAGAAAGUAUUUUAAUGCUUUUGUAAAUCUCUGUCAUAUAGAUAAAAAGAGGAAAGUAGAUAUGCACAAUUAAAACCUAUUAUUGUGUUAUCUUAAAUCUGCAUUCAGUGAAUGUUUUGUGUUGGGUAUAGAAUGGAUUUUUUUAAAGGAAAUUAUAAAUAUUUUGAAAUAAAAAAAUAGUACUAGCUUUUAGUGAUAUCCUGCAGGUUAAGUGCAAUUAUUCAUGAUGACAAAUCUCUCUGGGAAACUAACAUGUUGCUAGCAAUUUUUUGUGGUUUUGUAUUCUUUUACUAUAUAUUUGUCAUUCUUGCUAAUAACAAAUUGACUUUUAGUGUUCCAGUAUAAUUCAGUGUAAGCGACUGCUGUUUUGAACUAUAUGAAAUGGGUUUGCAUACAUUUGUAGGUGUAGCUUUUCUGGCAUACAGAUCUUGUUUUUUAAAUAAAAUCAGUUUGUACACUCACAUAGAA